GAUUGGGUUCCACCAGUGGGUCUUGACGGUGACAUACCGAUUGAUGGAUUUGUACCGAUAGACGUUGUCCUUGCCGAAGCUUUAACAUGUGUAAGUGAUCUGCACCGGAUGCGCAUCGGAGAACCUACGGGAAAAGCUGGAAGUCGACGGAACUUGGAAAAUGGAAAAGGACACAAGCUCCGGGCUCGGUAG